AUGUCUGUGAACCUCAGGAACUCGUCUGGCCUACUUUGUAACCACAAAGAACCAUUACUGAAUGCGGUUUGUCUCGACAUUGCCAUUGUACCACCACUUCCCGCACUCAGAAGAUCCCGCCCUCACGGUCUGCAGACAAACACCGCCAUGCGCCUGUGCAAGGCCCAAGGCGCGAACAAGGUUUGGGGUUAUUUUCUUCUUUGCGUUCGGACUUGCUUGUGGAGAAUCUUUUUGAACAUAGUAAGAAUCCAAUGCUGCUCUACCUUGGGGAAAAGAAAAAAAAAACCAAAACCUGCAAAUGUAGUGGCUAGAAAAAGGAGAUGUAAGGAAGUUAAGUGGAUAAUUGCAGAUUCGUUUAUUGUACCUCCAAAAAACCAGCAGUGGUGGUUUGUCAGACUUCUAAUUAACUUGAUUAUUAAGGGCUCAAGGACAGACCAAGUGGGACAGUUCAUCUUAGAAAAGGAGCACGAUUGCACAUUCUUCACUCGGAAAGAAAUCCUUCGGUUGCAUGGCCGAUACCAUGAAAUGGCACCAAAUGUUGUGCCCAUGGACUAUACAAAGGACCCAGAUGUUAAACUACCUAUGCAGCUUAUAAUAAACAUGCCUGAGCUAAAGGAGAAUCCCUUCAAGGAGAGGAUUGUGGAAUCUUUCUCAGAAGAUGGAGAGGGGGGCCUCAGCUUCAAUGAUUUUGUGGAUAUGUUCUCUGUGCUCAGUGAAAUGGCUCCCAGAGAGCUUAAAGCAAUCUAUGCCUUUAAGAUCUAUGAUUUUAACACAGAUAACUUCAUUUGUAAAUCAGACUUGGAAAAAACCCUAAAUAAGCUGACCCGAGAAGAGCUAACAGCAGAAGAAAUUACUCUAGUUUGCGAGAAAGUGAUAGAAGAAGCUGACAUGGAUGGUGAUGGGAAACUAGGAUUUGCAGACUUUGAAAACAUGAUUUCCAAAGCACCGGACUUUCUCAGUACUUUCCACAUAAGAAUCUGA